AGAGCUGGCUUUUCACCUGGCCGUUCACUUGGUGCAAAGCCUGGGCCAUCGCAGAUCUACCCUGGGCUCAGAGGGGGGAAUGCUGGACUGUCCGGAGAGUGGGGCCAAAGGAGCCCCCAUCCAUACGAAAAUCUCCUUCUCCAUCUUAGACAUCCUGGAUCCUCAGAAAUUUACCAGGAAGAGCAACCCGGUGGCAGGGAGAAGGGAGAGCAUCCCCCACGCGGGACAGCGGGAAAAAAGUUUGGGAAGAGUUGAGCUAGAAAGGAAUCCCAGCAGCAGGAGGAAUAAGCUAGAGGCAUACCAUGAUGGAAACAGCAACGGAGAGAGAGAAGCAGCCGCCCUGGAGGCGUCGCAACAAGAGGAGCCGGGACGGGACGCCGGCUGCUUAGCAACCGCGGCAGGAUCCGCACCGCUCCACUCACCCGACCUCCCUCUCUCCUCGUCGUCGGAUCUGGACGAGCCGGGCUCGCCGCGAUCGUCGAAGAGGCGCCGGGCAGAGCCCAGCUGCGCCAAGCCUCGGCGGGCCAGGACGGCCUUUACUUACGAGCAGCUGGUGGCUUUGGAGAACAAGUUCAGAGCCACGCGGUACCUGUCGGUGUGUGAGCGCCUCAACCUGGCCCUAUCGCUCAGCCUGACCGAGACGCAGGUCAAAAUCUGGUUCCAGAACCGAAGGACCAAAUGGAAGAAACAAAACUCGGGCGUAGAUGGCACGACGCAGCCGGGAAGCAACGCUCUGCCCCCUGGAGGAGAAGGCAGCCCUAGUCCGCCAGGCCCCAGCACCCUAGCCUACCACCAGACUUUUCCAUCUUACGCCUCAGCCAAUAUCAUCUUUCCAGCAGCAGCGGCAGCUCCCCUUCCCCUGGCCGCAGGAGGGGCACCAUUUCCCUCCUUUCUUAGCCCCACAUACCUGGCCCCGUUUUAUACCCCUCGCCUAUAAAUGGAUCGUAUUCCCUGCGUGGGAGUGGAGAGGAGCAAAUCCUAUUGUGUUUAAACAAACGAAGGAAAUGCAGUUCUAGAAAAUGUCUUCACUCUUAGCUGCUAAAUUUGUUUUCCUAAGUCUUAUUUGAGAGCAUGCCUGCUAAUCAGCCACCCUGUGAUUACCGUUACCUAGUUAUGGGUCCUUUUCUAAGUCUUCAUUUCUAUGGGAAAAGAGAAGUGGGGGAUAAAUGCCAAUCCCAAACUUUUCUUCAGAAAAUCAGCUCCUUUAGUCCCUUGGAAAUCCUUUGGGAGCAGAAUGACUUUCAAUACAAAAACAUGGAUUUAUUUAAAGUAAACAAACAGGGCAGGUACACAGAAUUUGAUAUUUAUAUGAUUGCUGAUCUGUAGAGAGUGAAAGAAGAGACAGAUGUGGAUAUAACAGUCCGGAAGGGCAACAGAAAGUUCUCUCGCUAUAAGCUUCUCCCUCCCUCCACUCUAGUUUCUUUCAGGUGCCCUGUGACAGACUGAACCACUGUAAUUCCAUACCCAACCUUAGAAUUUGCUAGAUGCUGGACCAGACCAUAGUGUGCAUACUAUAGCAUACCCAGUGCUGCAUGAUCCUGUCUGACCAUUAAACUCACUCCUAGACAGUGUGUAAUAGUGGAAUAUGCAAACUGUAGAUUGGAAAUGAAGACAGUAUUUUAAUAAAAUGUGUAUUGUACUAUAUACUGUCUUGUAUUUUAAAGCAACAGUUCCCCAGUGGUGGGUCUGGGGCCACCAGAGGGCAGCAUAAACCUUAUGUAGGGUUCAAUUAAAUAUUGGGUUAAACAGUAGAAUCCUGUGUAUAUUUACAAGUUCAGUUUCGAUCCCACUCUGUUCAAGGUGGGUGGAGAAUUACUGCCAGAUAAAUGUGGAUAAGAUUGCACCAUGAGUGUGCUACAGACUAUGGCAGGUGUGAGAAACCAUUGGCUCUCCAGAUAUCGCUAAAGUGCAGUUCCCAUCAGCUCCAGCAAGCAUAACCAGUGGCCAGGAAUGAUGGGCGUAGUAGUUCAGCAACCUCUGGAGGGCCACUUGGACUAUGGCCUCAACCAAAGUGGAGAUCCUGUCUAAUGUAAUGAUUUGAAAAUACUAUUUAUUUGUAUACAAGACCAGUUUUUUUCUGCUUUAGUUCUAAAGAUAUACUUCAUACAUACAAAUAGUAUUCUUAAUUAAAACCAUUGGCAGGAAUAGCACCAAAUAUACCAUGAGUUACUGUAGAUGCUAUACCAACUUUUCUGUCAAAAGGGAGCAUCCACAGCUACAAUAAACACUUGUUCCAGGUCUUUAA